AUGGAAAGAAAGAGGUGUUUCAACCCCGUACAAGAGAAUACAACCAUAACAAAAAAAAACAGGAAACAGAAGCCAAGAGGAGACGAUCCUCAGCGUUGGAAUAACCUAAACCACGUGGUAAGUUUUCCAACGCUUUUGGGAAAUCUUACGGCCAAUCAAAGGCUGAAACGGGCCAACGGCGAACAAAUACUUCUGUAUCCUGGAGGCGCAAUGGCGGACCCAACAAUUGUUCUAACGAGAUGCGUCAUGAGCUAUCUGAUGCUUAAAGAACUCUCCACGUUUGAUUUCCCUCCUCGCUUUCUAAAAGACGAUGAUGAUGAUGACGACGUGGAAGGUGAUGCUGAGGCAAGUUUCUUGAAGAAGGAUCUGAGAGAACUUCAGACUCAAGCCACAUGUAAGAGAGGACUUGGCAGAUACCUUCCUCUACCUCAGGGUUAA